AUGGGGAAUUGCUUGUGCUGCAGGGAUAAACACAAACAUGAACCGGAGCCGGAAGUCGUGAUGGAUGUAAUGGAUGUGAAAGAAAAGCAGGAAAUAGGUCAUCAUAAUAAAACACAAGUCUCAACACCGCCUACAUGUCAAAGUGAUUAUCCACCACCUUCUGGACUUCCAACCAGCCCCCCUGAUGAUACGCAGUCGAGUGUUUCUCCACGUGAUAAUGUCCAAUUUGCAACCGCUCCACCGGACGAUUCAUCAAAUGCGGCGUCACCUCGAUAUGACGAACAGCCUGUCACCACUCUGUCUCAUGAUGUGGUUUCUUCAACUCCUCCUCGGGUUGAGACUCCACCAACUUCUUCCCCACGUGAAGAAGUCACUGAUGUGGUCCCUGCCAUCGAAGAGUUUACUCCUGCCGUUUCUCUUGGAGAAGAAGUGGUUGUAUCUGAGGCUUCUCCUGCCGAAAACCCAUUCACCGCUUCCCCACACGACGACACUACAGCGACGGGUUCCCGCGGCGACAAUCCAUUUACUGCCUCUCGAGACAACGCGGAAUAUGAUUUCUCUCCCCGUGAAGACGUUAAUCAUCCUCCACAGGAUAAGCCCGAAGUCGUCCUGGCAUAUGAUUUCAGCGCCCCCGUUGCAAGUGUCUAUAAGAAUGCGGCAGUGUGGACAUUUACCGCGCCCAAAGAGGAGAAAAGCGGCAACCGUGUGGUCGGUUUUGCCUCUGCAGAGCGGGGGCCCCGUGGUGAUGUACCACCGUCAACUGAAAGAGUCUCAGAGAAGCCAAGUGGACGGGCUGAUGAGGAUUUUGACACGGAUGAAACGACUACAGGGAGGUCGAGCAAACCAGUGGAUGCCGCUGAUGAUAGAGCCCCUAAGCUGCGGGCGCCAUUGCUGGCCCCACCAGUGGAUGAUACCGUAAUGGAAAGUGAGGAGGCCGCUGAGGAGAGGGAGGCCCAAGUUUUCACAGAAGCAGCAAAGGAAGGAAAUGAGUCUGUGGGUAAGGAACCCCCCGGUGGGGAAGGUGACACUUAUCAGGUUAGUGAUGCAGUUGAACUCGGGGACGCAAUGGAAAGUACUAACGAGCCUGAGGUAAAGGAGAUUGGCCAAGCGGAUGUUGAGAAAUUGAAGGGUGCGGGUACACCCGAAAAAGCUGAUGAUGAGGAGGAAAGCCCUCGCACAUCGGGACGGCGUGACAACAACGUUUUGAGCCCGCUACUCGAAGAUAAAGCCCCUGCUGUGCUUGCUGUGGCGGGCGAAAACAACGAUGAAACUAACGCCUUCGUACACUCAGCGGAAAGGGCAUUGGAACAAAGUAAAGUUGGUAAGGAUAGCGAGGAAAAUAGUGAACUGGAAGGUGAGCAUCCCAGUGAAGAGGGGUUGGGGGAUGUUUCAUAUGCCAAUACAGCAGGCGACCUCCCGGAGUCGGUUGCGUACACUACUCACAGUAGUGCUGAACUGCAGACGCGCAAGACAGAAGGGAGUCAUGCGAUAACCGAUGGUGAAACAGUGAGGAAAAGUGACAGUAAUGACAACGCUCUUGCAGGCAUCAUUCGCAGGCAGCGGGAUAUGGAGAGGCGAAGCAGUACGGGAGUGCUUCUUCCAACCCAGUCAGACGCCCUGGGUUUCUUGGAGACACACAGCAGCGGGGUUGCAGAACAUGAUUUAGUGAACACUGGAGUGGAAGGUGAAGAUAAUACCGAUGGCAAAAUGCAAUACCUGCAAGGUGAACUUUCACUUGACUUUGGGGGACUCGAGACUUUUAACGCAGAUAAUAUGUCGGAGAACCGAGUGCACAGCUGGAGUAGUGUUGAAUCUAAUGGGGGCGCCGAAGAUAGAGGAGAACGAGGUGCCAGCGGCUUAAAUAAUGAGGGAAAUGACCGCACUGUAGGUGGCUGUGUUGACAGCGGGAGCAGCGAUGGCGGAAGUGAACGCCGACGGCUCGCUGACAUUGUUCAACCAAAGGAUUGGGGGCGAGAAAUACAUGAGGAAGAGGAGGUAACUGAGAAGUAUUCGGUAGAGGAGGUAGUCGCUGACAAGGAAAAAUCUGCUGAAGAUCGUGUUAGCUACAAUGAAGACUUUGGCGUUAAUCGUUCUAACGAACUCUUCAACGGAAGGGAGGCGUUUUUUCAAGAUGAAAAAACGGAAAGUAAAAGCAGGUCAACCUCUGUCCCCUAUCGUACCAUCCCAAUCAUUUCCCCACCUCUGGCGACACCUCAAAACAGAGAAGAUGGUGACGAAAGUUUGAUGUAA